ACCGCCCGGUGCGCGCGGGCCAUGGCGGAGCCGCGUUGGGGCGCGGCCGCCGCCGUUUAUCGGUCCCGCGACCCCGUGCGCAACCUGCGCCUGCGGGUCCGCCUCCAGCGGGUCGCGGCGGGCGGGCCCGUCCUGCCGCAGGCCCCGCUCGCCGGCCCGCACCUCCGGGGCCUGGCCGACCGCGCCGCGACCGGUCCCCGGCGGCCCCCGGACGAGGAGGAAGAGGAGGCCGAGGUGGGGUGGCAAGAGAAGCUCUUCAGCCAGUUUGAGGUGGAGCUGUACCAAAAUGAGUCGGCCUGCCAGACUCCCCUGGACUGGCAGUACCAUGAGGAGAUCCUGAAACUGCAGAAGGCUGGAGGUCGGAAGAACUGUCGCAUCUUCACCUACACUGAUCAUGACCGGUUCACCAACCUAGAGGAGCACUGCCAGAAAGUAACUGACUCAGAUCAUGAAGUGCCAUCAUACCUGGCAGAGAGGAUGGCCAACGUGAGGAGGAGAAGACAAGACCGUAGACCAAUAGAAGCAAGUUCUCUGAAGUCGAAAAUCAUCACCUGGGAACCCUCAGAAGAAUUUAUAAAGAACAGUCAUGUGAUUAACACUCCUGUCCAGACCAUGUACAUCAUGGGGGACUUGGGACCUUAUGGGAAGCUUGGUCACAGGGAGUAUGAAUAUGUUCUUUGCACAAUCAAGGUGGACGGCAACGGGGUGAUCACAGUGAAGCCUGACUUUACUGGCACCAAAGAAGCCUGCCAGAUCGAGCAGGAUGGAGAGAAGCGAGAGGUGUGGAAAUACACCAUUGAGAAUGCAUCUGUCCAAGUGCAGCCAGAGGAGGAGGAGCGUGAGCAGCGUGUGUUCAGAGAUCUGUAUGGUCGGCACAAGGAAUACCUCAGUGGUCUCGUAGGCUCAGAAUUUGAAAUGACUCUUCCUGGUACAUUGCGGCUUUUUGUGAAUGGAGAAAUAGUUUCAGCUCAAGGCUAUGAGUAUGACAACCUCUAUGUACAUUUUUUCCUGGAGCUGCCUAACCAGUGGUCGAGCCCCGUGCUCCAGCAGCUAUCAGGAGUGACACAGACGUGUGCCACCAAGACAGUGGGUUGGGAUAACGUGGCAUACUUCUGCUACCCCUUCACUUUGGAGAUGUUUUUCACCCAAGGAGAUGAAUCAGAAGACAGUCUUGCUCAGUGGCCUGUUCUCUACUUUGAGGUCCUGUCCCUGGAUUUCUGGCAGAGGUAUCGCGUUGAAGGGUAUGGUUCUUUGGUGCUGCCAGCAUCUCCAGGUCUCCACAUGCUCACCAUCCCUACCUGGCGCCCUGUGGAGCUGGGGACAGUUGCUGAGCUGAGAAGAUUUUUCAUUGGUGGAUCUCCUGAGCUAGAGGACUUAACCUACAUCAGGAUACCAUCAACUUUCAAGGGAGAGCGUCUGAGCCGCUUUGGUUUUCGCACAGAGGCAACAGGGAGCGUCACGUUCCGGCUUUACUGCCUGCAGCAGUCUAAAGCCUUUCUGGAAACCAGUGCCCUGAGGCAGCGCAUGCAGAGUGUGCUGGACCGGCUUGGAGGCUUCAGCCAGCAGAGCUCUGUCUACAACGUUUUGGAGUCUUUCCAGAGGGCACGGCGGCGGAUGCAGGAAGCACGUGAGAGCCUUCCUCAAGACCUCAUCAGCACCUCUGCCUCCACUGGGCACCAGUCACAGGAGCCAUGAUCAACCACCUCCACAGCCUGGGAGCACUCGGCAUCUUCUCUCCAACACAACCUCCUGUUGUUCAGCAAGAGGCACAGUGCUAGUGCCUGGAAGCUUUUGAAACCCGCCCUUUGUCAUUUUCCCUGGAUGGGAGAAGGAGUCUAUAACACAUCCAGACCCAGAAUCUUUGCUUUUCCACAGGUACCUGUGGAAAGAGCCCCAUUUUUUCAAGGCAUUUUGCCACCAGACCAAUUAUUAUACAGCCAAUUGUUCACAUUGCUGCUGAGCAGGCUGAAAUACUGAUACGGGACUUGUGAACCCUUUAACACCUUUUCAGGAAUUGAACAGUAAAAGAUUAGAAAAAUUUCAAGUCUACAUGACUUGGUAAAUUUAGUUUUCUUCUUAAAGAAGAGGGUGAUGUUGGAGGUCAAGGCAUGAAUACUGUUUGAGAUUUAAUGAAAUGCGUAGAUAACUUCUUGAGAAGUGCUGAUAAUUGUCAGCAUUUGUAGCUAUAGGUCAGUCAAUAGUAAAAUGAAUCUGUCCACCUGUGUCUUAAGAUUGAUUCACUCCUAGAGAGAGAGCUCUCUGCCACAUAUAAUACGUGAAAUCAAAGCAAAGGAAUGAUGUUUGACAGAAUGAGAACUGGAGAAAAGGGUUACAUUCUGUAUUUCCUUGUUUGUGCCCAUAACAUUUCUGGCUAUGCAGUGAUGAGCAGGAGGGUUCUUUGUUCAAGAAUACAACUGAAAACACACAUUCCCCUUAGUUCAUAGCAGAACUUUGGCUUGAGCUGGACGGUUUGCAGACAAUGAGAGCAGAUUAUAACAUUUGCACAGCAGCUGAACUUUGAACUGUCAAGCUGUUCAUUUGAGCUAUUUGAGCUAUGGUUCACUGUUUCAUCUCUGCAGUACACUGCAUUGCUUCCUGGAGAAGCAUGUGUGUACCCAAUUUUUUCCCAGUUUCUUCUGUUCUUUUAUCAGACUUUUUUCCCCCUGUUUUGCUGCCUCAGGUUCACAGGAGUGAAGCUACCUGCAGACUGACAGUGCUGUGUUAAUUUGUGUACAAGUCACACAUUUUCAUGUGUUCCUCCUCUGCUCCCAACACAAGGGAUAGGAAGAAAAAUCUCAGGAUGGGAUCAUGCAGGUCUGAAUGUGUCUGUAAAGUUAGAAUUCACAGGCAGAAUCUGAAGUAGGGAUUGGCCUUCGUCCUUUUGCCCUGCACAUUCCUCCCUCAUGGGGAACAGGAGACUCACGGUUGCAGCCAUGUGUGUGAUUGUUAGUACAUCCCUUUCUUCCAUUGUGCUCCACUGUCUUUCUCACUCCCUUCUUGCUGUUUUGAUCUUGUCCCAGCCUUCACUGGGAAGACAAGCUCCCAUAUUUGUUCCUCCUUGACCUUUGUUGUAAUUCCUAGAUCUGUCUGUCAACUUGAAUGUGUCUGGCAAUUUCAAUUAUAAAAGGAUUUUUGCUCACCUGCCUCACCUGCUACCUCUCCUUUUGAUGGAAGAGGCUGCCAGCAUGUAUUAGAUAGCGUGGCCUGUUAAGCAGAGCGCAGUGUCCUUGGCCUGGAGCUGGGUGAUGUGUCUUGUGCAUGAGUCAGGUCUCCACAUCAGCUUUUGAUGUGAUGGCUGUGAAGGUACGUGACCCGUUCUAGAGUAGCAGAACUGAGGUGUGGGCACUAUCAUGGUCUUCAAUGACAGUCACAUUUCACAGAGAGCAACCCGCUCGAUGCCCAGGAUGGAAAGUGUUCAAUGAGUAUGUAGCACUCACUGUAUUCUUUCCUUUAUCAUAAUUCACAUCAUGGCUCUGUAUGUUUAUUGCAUGCUAUCUAAGCUAUACUUAAUUUCUGUGUGUUUCUGUUGUGCUUAUCACUAAUAACUGAAUUGCAUGUCUGAAACCCUUUUCAGGAUUGAGUUACAAGGUUUAAGAGAGCAUUCUUUUCAUCAAAAUAACAAAACACCUUCCUGAUUGAGAUCAUGCCAAAGGCAGAUACUGUGAGAGAGUGGACUUUUCUGAUUAGAUGGGGUUCCUGACUCAUGAUCAUUGCUCAGCAUGUUUAUAUGGCAGGAUUUGGUGUAUUGAGUGUUAAGGUUACGCAGAGAUAUGGUAAGGUUUACAUAAUGAUACCAGUUUUGCUAGUCUAAACUCUGAAUAGUGUAAAAUCUUACAGAAAUUCAAGAAAGCAACAUUUAAAAAUAAAAAGUUAUUAUAACCAAAGAAGCAGUUUUUCCAAAUGAAAAUGUUAGCAGUUUUUUUCCUUCGUAUUUGCAGCCUCCUUGGCCUAACAGAACAAAACAGUGCUCAUAAAAAAUGUUUUGGAGAAAGCCUUCAGCGAAUGUUCUUUGAAUAUGCCCUUUUAUAAAUUAAACUAGCAAAUUUCCUUGUGCAUGUA